AUGUACAACUCAACAAGACGUACAACCCAACAAGACGUACAGACAAACAAGACGUACAGACAAACAAGACGUACAACCCACCAAGAUGUACAACCCAACAAGACGUACAACCCAACAAGACAUACAGACAAACAAGACGUGCAACCCAACAAGACGUGCAACCCAACAAGACGUACAGACAAACAAGACAUGCAACCCAACAAGACAUACAACCCAACAAGACGUCCAACCCAACAAGACGUCCAACCCAACAAGACGUACAGACAAACAAGACGUACAAACAAACAAGACAUAGAACUCAACAAGACGUACAAACAAACAAGACGUCCAAUCCAGCAAUAA